AUGGAGGAACUUGCUAAUCGUUUUGGAACUCUGUCCGCAUCAUCUACUGUGGUGGAAGAAUAUGGAUAUGUCGUGUUGAACCAUUCAGAAAAGAGUCCAAUGGCGAUGCUUGAAGAGCCAGAAGUUGCCGCAAAAAUUGAUACUGGGUUUGGGAAUGGAUUGCAUAACGUAGUUGCUAAGAACGAUGAGGAGAUCUGGACUAGUGGUUGGGACAAGAUCUUAAAACUAUACAACCUUAAUGGGGAACUGAUAAAGUCUGUUCAAACAAAGUCUGGAAACGCGCCUCAAGAUAUGACAAUCACCGGCAAUGAUGAUCUAGUUUACACUGAUGACAAAGAUGGAACUGUGAACAUUUUGAAAAACACAAAUAUUGAAGAGAUGAUUUGGCUACCGGGGUGGAAACCUCAAGGUAUAUGCUCUGCAUUCUCCGACCACCUCCUCGUUAUGAUGGUCAAUGAUGAUUUUGAUCAAACAAAAGUUGUACGUUACUUUGGCUUCACAGAGACACAAACUAUUCAAUUUGAUGACAAGGGUCGAGCUCUCUAUUCAUCAAGUAGACUCACCCAUCCAAAGUACAUUACCGAGAAUGGAAACCGGGAUAUCUGUGUGUCUGAUUGUUGGGCUGGUGCCGUAGUUGUGGUCAGUGAGGGUGGGGCACUACGCUUUAGAUACACGGGUGAUCCUUCUACCUCUAAGGGGCCGUUCGAUCCACACGGGAUCGCAGCAGACAGCCAGAACCGGAUUUUGAUAUCAGACCCCACCAGUAACCGCAUCCAUAUCCUAGAUCAGGAUGGACAGUUCUUACGUUACAUCGAAAACUGCAAUUUGCGAUCUCCAAGGGGAAUAUGUGUCAACACCAAAGAUGAACUCUUUGUGGCAGAGUCUGGAGAUGAUGGCACAGUCAAGAAAAUAAAAUAUACCAAUUGA